CUGAGCUGCUUCGGUGGAUUUGACAUCCAAGACGUGUCUCCUGCAAAUGCGACGAGAUGAAAGCUAACGUUGGUUAUCUUUUUAAAAUUCCAGCACCAGCUAUCUUUCCGCUUCCUUAGUUAUCUUUAGACUGGUCUUCCCAGGCAGUGAGUGUGUAUAUUAGUCUGCUAGGAAAGCAUUUGAACUGUGACAGAGACUUCAACUGCAGUGAAAAUGGAUUGAUCCAUGCUGUUGAAGAAGCCAAGAAUGGAUUGAGGUGCGGAAGCUAGCGUUAGCCGGCUAGCCAUGGAGGGAGAUAGAGGAGCCUGUGACUUUGUAUUGUUUGCCCUCUGUUCCGUAAAAUGACUUGAUAUAAGUUACCCACCGUCCAAACCUAUUCAGUCCACGCAUGUAAUUCUUAUUAAAGUGCGCCAGUGCUAUGCUGCGCACACGCCCUGAAUAUGUCAGCUGUCCUGCACAUACCGCAGAUACACAGUUACUGGCUGUCAUUACAUAGAUCCCAUCCUACUCAGAGGCUAGAUUUUUCACUCUGCAGCCAAACACUCAGGAUUGACUGGUCUUUAAUACACUAAACUAAAAUUAGAUCAUUUUAAAGAUUUGAAUGUAGGUUUAUGUGAAACCUCCUUCCACCAAACUAGACUCAGAUUUAACUAGUUUACUUAGAUUUUUACAUUUAUUAGCUGCCACUGAAAAGAUUGAGAUUACACUACACUCUGCAGCCCUGUCAGUGCCAAGUCAAGAUUAGCAGGUGAUUCCUCCUCAGUUGUAUGGGAAACAGUGCUGGUUGUAGCAGGACUGUUGUAGGUCAACCAUGGGAGGUUCGGUGUCUUGCUGCAUCUCUCCCGGAGAGAGUCCCAAGAUCCACAGGAGAGAGGUGGAGCUGGAGGAGUGUCCCAUCACCACCACCGAGGACGUGAGUGAAGACACUGGGACCUACCUGCAGCACAUCAGCGACAGGGAGCUCCCAGACGAACUAGCCCAGGAGGCCAACCCAUCAGACCACCCCAGAGCCAGCACCCUCUUCCUCAACAAGUCACAGACAGACGUGCGUGAGAAAAGGAAAAGCAACUACCUGAAUCAUAUGUCCCCAGGGCUCCUGACGAAAAAGUACAGCUCCUGCUCAACAAUAUUCAUUGACGAUAGCACAGUCAGCCAGCCAAAUCUCAAGAGCACGAUCAAAUGCGUCGCAUUGGCCAUAUACUAUCAUAUAAAAAACAGAGAUUCAAACCGCUCGCUGGAUAUAUUCGAUGAGAAGAAGCACCCUCUAUCGAGAGAAAAGGUUCCAGAUGACUACUCUGUGGUCGACCCGGAACACAAGCUCAUCUACCGCUUCAUAAGGACGCUCUUCAGCUCUGCGCAGCUCACUGCAGAGUGCGCAAUUGUCACCCUGGUGUACCUAGAAAGGCUGCUGACUUACGCUGAGAUGGACAUCUGUCCUUGUAACUGGAAGCGUAUUGUUCUCGGUGCCAUCCUGCUGGCUUCUAAAGUCUGGGACGACCAGGCUGUGUGGAACGUCGACUACUGCCAGAUCCUCAAAGAUAUCACCGUGGAGGACAUGAAUGAGAUGGAGCGUCACUUCCUAGAGCUGCUUCAGUUCAACAUCAAUGUCCCAGCCAGCGUCUAUGCCAAGUAUUACUUUGACCUGCGCUCACUAGCUGACGACAACAACCUCAGUUUCCCGCUUGAGCCGCUCAGCAACAAGCGUGCCCAGAAACUGGAGGCAAUCUCCAGGCUGUGUGAGGACAAGUACAAGGACCUGAGUAAAUCCGCUAUGAGGCGGUCUGUCAGUGCAGACAACCUGGUUGGCGUCAAGAACGCCCAGGCUGUGCUGUCUUAAGUCUGUGACGGCCAUCUUAAAUCUGGUGAGGAGAUGGAAUGACGGGGCUCAGAGUGAAGCCACAGGAUGUGACGCUGUACUCAAGAAUUUCAUCAAGAGACAUUUCCAAAUUAGAUUAAUAUCGCAAAAUGUCAAAUAUCGACUUUGGGGAGGAAUCAAAAAAACAGUUUACCAUACAGUAUCUCUAAAAUAUAAUGAAUCCAGUCUGUAUGUGUUCAUUACAAAGAACUUCAGGUAUCUGCCUUUAAAGCAUGGUAAUAUUUUGCAGACUGUCACGUUUUUAUUUCAAAUUGUCGAUGAACUUUGGAAGGAAGGAAUUAGCAUGAAAAUGCUUCCUGAUGCCACACAAAUUGAGGACCUCAUCAUCUUCUUUUUUUUGUCAUCACUCAGUCUUUUGGGGAGUAUUUUCUCUGGCUUCGGGCCGUCUUCUCUCCACCAGCCGUACCCCACACCCCACACCCCCCAUUCACAUGAUGACAACAGACUGUCUGGAACUACCCUGUGGUGUAGUUCUGCACAUGGACAAAGAGUAGACUUUGUUUUGCUUACUAUGUAGGCUCCUAUAGCUGUGAAAUGUACGAGACUUUAUUUAAUUCCAAAAUAAAUUUCAGUCGCUGUUUAAAGUUGAGGCUGCAUAGGUGGGAAAAUGUGUUGUGGUGUUUUUUUUUUGUUUGUUUGCAAGGACAAAAAGGUGAAAGACCAACCAUGAUGGCCAUGACUAUUAAUUAUGGCUUUACUUUGAUAUGAGAUUGCAUCUAUGAAGUCAUAUUUGUUUUGUUAGAAGGGUCACUGUUCAUUUCCAACAUAAAUCUCAUAGGUUUGUCAAGAAAAGUGGUCAAACAUCACAUAUUUACCUUAACAAUAUAGAGUUAAAGGAUAAUUCCAGUAUAUUUAAAUCUGGCAAUUGUGGCUAGAUGACUCAUGAUAACUUUGCAUGAGCGUGCAAGCUGAGCCACAUGUAGGUUCCUUGGUUAUCAUAAUGACCAUUCCUAUUGGCUACAGCCUGUGUUUACUGUCAGUCAGACUCAGAAACAAGUGCCCCGACGUAGGCUGUUCUGCGCAAGUGCACGUUUCCUCAUUUCUCUACAACAGAGGUGGCGAAUGCAAAGUUAUCAUGAGACAUAGGGUCACAAAAACCACAUUUAUGGAGACCACCAGCUGAACUAUACCAGAAUUAUCCUUUACGUUGAAUUUAAAAGUUACUAUUACUGUGUAUCUCCAGUGACUUUUUAUAUUACAUAUGCAUCUGAUUUAAAAAUAAAUGCAUUUAUGACUUA